AUGUCUACUGACAAGAUCACUUUCUUGACCAACUGGCACGCCACCCCGUACCACGCCCCUCUCUACCUCGCCCAGAGCAAGGGCUACUUCAAGGAUGAAGGUAUCAAAGUUGCGCUCCUUGAGCCCAACGACCCCAGCGAUGUCACCGAGAUCAUCGGCUCCGGCAAAGUCGAUCUCGGCUUCAAAGCCAUGAUCCACACCCUCGCCGCCUCCGCACGCGGUUUCCCCGUGACCUCCGUCGGCUCCCUACUCAACGAGCCCUUCACUGGCGUUGUGUACCUGACCAGCAGCGGCAUCACGCCUGACUUCACCACCCUCAAGGGCAAGAAGAUCGGCUACGUAGGCGAAUUCGGUAAAAUCCAGCUCGACGAGCUUACCGCGCACUACGGCAUGCAGCCCUCGGACUACUCGGCUGUUCGCGUCGGCAUGAACGUCACAAAGAGCAUCAUUAAUGGUGAUAUCGACGCUGGUAUCGGGCUCGAGAACGUGCAGAUGGUGGAGCUGGAGGAGUGGCUCAAGUCGCAGAACCGUGACCCCUCGGAGGUGCAAAUGCUGCGCAUCGACGAGCUGGCGCAACUGGGGUGCUGCUGCUUCUGUAGCAUCCUAUACAUCGGGAACGAUUCCUUCAUCCAGGCCAACCCGGGGAAAGUCCGCGCGUUCCUACGCGCCUGCAAGCGCGCAACGGAUUUCGUGCUCGCAUCUCCCGACGUGGCAUGGAAGGAAUUCUGCGACUUCAAGAGCGCCAUGGACACGCCUACGAACCGCAAGAUCUUCGAGCGCAGCUUCGCGUACUUCUCGCCUGAUCUGCAGAACGUGCAGCGCGACUGGGAGAAGGUAACGCGUUACGGAAAGCGUCUGGCCGUACUCGACGACAGCUUCAAGCCGAACUAUACCAAUGAGUAUUUGCAGUGGGGUCUUGAGAAUGACAGCACUGAUCCCACGGGCGACCAGAAGAGGAUGGUUAUGCUGCAGCAGGGCGUCAAGGAGAACGGCGGUUUCAAACGCCUUGAGAGUGCGGCGAAGACGGUUGUGGGUGCUGCUGCGAUGAAGGAAGCUUAG